GUCUUGAAAAGGAGCCUAUGAGUGGGUGUAGCUGUUAAACCUGUAGCGUCUCAUAUGGAACCAGAUACAGGAAACGGCUCAUUUGUGAACAGCUCUUAGAGAGAGGAACCAUGUGUUUGAACACUGGCUAUCCAUGCAACUGCUUGACCGAUGGCAAUCCCUGUGAACCAUGCAGGAUGACGGCCAAAGACAGGGAGACGGAGGAGGCCCACCUGUCCAACAACAUCAGUGCGCCGGGGCAAGCGGGGACCCCGUGUGAACCCGACCUGAACAUCUCUUCCAGCGGGGCGGCGAGGGAGCGGGGUCGAAACUGGGGAUGGAUGCUGUCUGGGAUAAUCUGUGUCAACAUUUUGAUCCUGGGCUGUGCCCUGGUCAGCGGCAGCGCCUACAACAAUGUAGACAUCAGCACCCCUGACCUACAGGUUUUCCUCAUCAUCAUCAUCAUCCUCACCUCCAUCUGGAUGGUGUAUUAUGCCAUCUACAUCUCCAGGAAAGAAAACGCUGUUGUUUACAAGGAUGGCCAUGCUGGACCUGUAUGGCUCAGGGGAGGACUUGUGCUAUUUGGACUCCUCAGUAUUAUCAUGGACAUUUUCAAGAUAGCCAGCUAUGUGGGCUACCUCCACUGCGAUUCUGCUGUCAAGGUCGCAUUCCCUGUGGUGCAGCUUCUUUUCAUACUUGUGCAGACGUACUUUUUGUGGAUCCACGCCAAGGACUGUGCGCAGAUACAAAAGAACAUUACACGCUGUGGGCUGAUGCUCACCCUCUCCACGAAUCUCGUUGUGUGGAUGACUGCGGUCACUGAAGAGUCCGUUCACCAAACAACAGUUCCCGAAGAUCCAAGCAAUUACACUAAAAUACAUGGGCGGAGCAUGUACAUCAAUAAAGCUGGCUAUGGAGACGAAAAGUGCAAGUGCAGCCACACUUCAUGCAGCAUCUUCAAGCAGGCCUACUACUACUUGUACCCCUUCAACAUCGAGUACAGUCUCUUCGCCUCUGCCAUGGCCUACGUCUUGUGGAAAAAUGUUGGCAGAGUAGUGGACGAACACGGCCACCAUCACAUCAAAUUCCGCCUUAAGGACAUAUUUCUCGGUCCUGUGGCAGGAGUUCUCUUGGUGGUGGCAGGUCUGGCAACCUUCAUCGUGUAUGAGAUGGAAAUGCAAAGAGACGAUAGCGAUGAUGAUGACAGAGAGAAAGCAGUGAUGAUGCACUUUGUCAUGAAUAUAGUGAUACUGACCCUGAUGUCUGUGUCCACCGUGAUUGGCUGUGCUGUUUUCAAAGUGGACCACAGGGAGCACCUAUCGGACAAAAACCCCACACGCAGCCUGGAUGUGGGCCUGCUGGUUGGAGCUUCACUGGGACAGUUCAUCAUCAGCUACUUCACCAUAGUAGCCAUGGUUGCAACUGGAGCCAAAGGCCACCUGAACAGGCUCAACCUCACCGGGGCUAUCCUGAUGGUGAUCCAACUCGGCCUGCAGAACUUUUUCAUCAUUGAAGGUCUACACCGGGAGCCCUUCCACGAGGUGCACCCGGUGGUCACUGUGGUUGCAAAUCCAUAUGUGCUGCAGCCAAGCAAAGAGCUGAGCAGCCUUGAAGGUUCAGACAUGGACAUAAAGCCCAGCCCAGUACUCACAGCACACAGCCUGCACGGCCACACAGCCGAGCACAGACCCAAACUGCUGUGGAAGAGGCGGGUGUUGAAGGAGGUCUGUUCGUUUCUGCUGCUGGGAAAUAUCAUACUGUGGAUCAUGCCGGCAUUCGGGGCUCGUCCCCAGUUUGACCACGACACUGAAACUGAUUUCUUCGAAUUCAACAUGUGGGCUGCUGUUGUGAAUGUCGGACUUCCGUUCGGCAUCUUCUACCGCAUGCAUUCAGUCGCCAGCCUGUUUGAGGUUUUUCUGACCUCAUAACGCUGCAGGAUCAUAUGAUGUAUACAGCCAACUGUUCUGACAUUAUAAAGCUGUUUUGUAUAAAUUUGAGUUUGUUUUGACGAUGCUUUGUUAGUUCUCUAAAAAUUCGUGAAGCAGACAUUGACUGAGAAAUAUCUCCUCAGUGCCUCUCAUGAUGGCCUGUAUAUGUGACAAUGUAAAUGUAUCAAAUAUGUUAUUUUCUAAAGUUCAAAAAUAAUUGUGAAGCUGAUCUUGUAAUACUUGUUUUAUGCUUUAGCCUCUAUAUGCACAAAAUAAAGGCAAGCAAUGCAAUAAGCUGAGUAAAAGAGAAUGACUAGUGCCACCAAUUAUUUUUUAUCAAC